GAAUGAACCCGGAGCCGGCCCGGAGCGGCGGCCAGAGCGCGGUGCGCAGCGCAGCCUCCGGACCGCGGCGGGGAGCGAACAGACGGGCACUGGGACAGGAUCGUGCCUCCGGGGAGAGAUGCCCCAGCACAUGAUGGGGGACAAGCCCUUCGUCUCCAUGCCGCAGCUGGUGCUCCCCAGCCCGGCCUUCGCUCUGGACGACAGGUGUGGCCACACCCCCUCCAGCCGGCGGGCGUCCCUGGGCGCGCCCCUGAGCCUGGGUGCCCACGGCCCCCUGGACUCCUGCAGCCAGCCGCUGUGCCAGCCCCGGGCCCAGAAGCACGGCGCCCGCGCCUUGUGCUGCCCGGCGGCCAGGCCGCGGAGCUCGGAGUGCGGCUGGCGGGCCUUCACCCCCAGGUGCCUGCAGGCCCUCAACACGCCGCGGGGCUUCCUGGGCUUCCUGUGCGCCGCCGCCUUCCUGCAGGGCAUGACGGUGAACGGCUUCCUCAGCACCGUCAUCACCUCCAUCGAGCGGCGCUACGACCUGCACAGCUACCAGAGCGGCCUCAUCGCCAGCGCCUACGACCUGGCCGCCUGCCUCUGCCUCACCUUCGUCAGCUACUUCGGGGGCCACGGGCACAAGCCGCGCUGGCUGGGCUGGGGCGUGCUGCUCAUGGGCGCCGGCUCGCUGGUGUUCGCGCUGCCCCACUUCGCCACGGGCCCCUACCAGGUGGAGGUGGACGAGGGCCUCGGGCUGUGCCGCGCCAACCGCAGCGGGGCCUGCGGGCCCCGCGCCUCCAGCCUGUCCCGCUACCGGCUCGUCUUCAUGCUGGGCCAGUUCCUGCACGGAGCGGGCGCCACGCCCCUGUACACGCUGGGGGUCACCUACCUGGACGAGAACGUCAAGUCCAGCUCCUCGCCAGUCUACAUCGCCAUCUUCUACACAGCGGCCAUCCUGGGCCCCGCGGCCGGCUACCUGAUCGGGGGCGCCCUGCUGAACAUCUACACGGAGAUCGGCCGGCGGACCGAGCUGACCCCCGAGAGCCCGCUGUGGGUUGGUGCCUGGUGGGUGGGCUUCCUGGGCACCGGGGCCGCUGCCCUCUUCAUUGCGGUUCCCAUCCUCGGCUACCCGCGGCGGCUGCCAGGCUCCCAGCGCUACGUGGCCAUGCGAGCCUCUGAGCACCAGCUGAAGGACCGGAGCCCACAGGCGGCCAGCAGCCCCGGCUUCGGGAGAACCGUCAGAGACUUGCCUCUUUCCGUCUGGCUCCUCCUGAAGAACCCCGUGUUCAUCCUGCUCUGCCUGGCCGGGGCCACUGAGGCCACCCUCAUCGCUGGCAUGUCCACGUUCGGCCCCAAGUUCCUCGAGUCCCAGUUCAGCCUCAGCGCCUCGGAAGCCGCCACCCUGUUUGGGUACCUGGUGGUGCCGGCGGGUGGGGGCGGCACCUUCCUGGGUGGCUUCUUCGUGAACAAGUUGAAGCUCCGUGGCUCGAGCGUCAUCAAGUUCUGCCUGGCCUGCUCCCUGACCAGCCUGCUGGCCAUCCUGGUCUUCUUCGCGCACUGCCCCAACGUGCCCAUGGUGGGCGUCACGGCCCGCCACAACAGCAGCGCCUCGCCCGAGGGCCACCUGGAGCUGACCGCCGCCUGCAACGCCGCCUGCGGCUGCGAGCCAGGGCUCUACAGCCCGGUGUGCGGCUCCGACGGCCUCAUGUACUACUCGCCCUGCCACGCGGGCUGCCAGGAGGCGGCGCCCGGCCCCGGCCGCCAGAAGGUGUACCGAGACUGUAGGUGUGUCCUUCAGAAUUUUUCCUCUGGUUUUGGCCAUGCUACUGCAGGGAAAUGCACUUCAACUUGUCAGAGCAAGCCCCUCCUUCUGGUUUUCAUAUUCGUUGUAAUUACCUUUACCUUCCUCAGCAGCAUUCCCGCGCUGACGGCCACCUUACGGUGCGUCUGCGACCAGCAGAGGUCCUUCGCGCUGGGAAUCCAGUGGAUCGUGGUUAGGACGCUAGGGGGCAUCCCGGGGCCCAUCGCCUUCGGCUGGGUGAUUGACAAGGCCUGCUUGCUGUGGCAGGACCAGUGCGGCCAGCAGGGCUCCUGCUUCCUGUACCAGAACGCAGCCAUGAGCCGGUACAUGCUCAUCGCCGGGCUGGCGUAUAAGGUGCUGGGCUUCCUCUUCUUCGCGGCCGCGUACGUCCUGUACAGGUCCCGGCGGGCGCCUCCCCCCGGCCUGGAAGCCUCUCUGCCCAGCCAGUCCUCGGCCUCCGACAGCCCCUCGGACCUCCAGGGGGCCCCCUCAGGCCUCCAGAGCAACGUCUGACCCAGCCCGCCCACCAGACCCGGGCCAGCACUCAGGGCUCCCCAAACCACCUGCAACUUCUCCACCGUGGGGCUGACCCCUCACUGACUGCCCCCCAGUCCGAGGCAGGAGGGCUGCUGCCCGUGUCUGAGCCCGGGGACAAGGAGAAGGGCUGACGACAUGGGAAAUGCUGGGGAGUGUGGCGCCCCCUGCGGCCUGCCCGGUGAGUGCCGCCUGCACCUCCCGGCCCUGGGCUCACGGGUGGCCUUUCCCGUGGGCGCAGCGCGGUGCCCACUUCGGCUCCCGGUUCCCGGGAGGGGCCCCGCUGAGUGCGGGCGGUGGCUGGUGCCUCCGCCGCCCGGCACAGCCCUGACUUCCUGUGGGUCCUGCGGGGGGAGGCCGUGGGACACCACUUCCAGGGCGCGCUCCCCACGGAGCCAGUCCGUACCCAGACCUGCUGUCACCUGUCCCGCCGCACGGCCCUGGGCGGAGCAAAUACACGGCCGCUCCCGUAAACACUUCCUCUGCCGGCGGCGAGUGCUCGCUCAGAAACCUGUGGAUUCGCUGGACUCUCACGGAUGUUUGUUCCCCGGUGUCCUCAGACAAAUUAUGUGUGUAAAUAUAUUUUAAUAUUUAACAAC